UAUAAAUUCCCUUUGGCAAUGUGCUGAAACGCUUCACAACGUCUCAUAAACCCAUCAAUACCCUGAAGUAAACAAUUCUUACUGAAGAUGUUAGAGUAUAGUUUGUCAUUGAAUCUAGUCGAGCAAGCACCUUUCUCACAGCCCUUUGAGGAUUUCAAUCAGCAGCGAAUGACAGACACCUGAGUGUUGUUGAGCUCUCAGUCUGAGGUUGGCUACUGAGUGUCUGUGCUGAUUAUUUAAGUGGUGUCCAGACAAAGGAAGGGAAAAGGUUCAACAGACAAGAUAAAUGGCCUCCUGGAAAUUUCCAAGCCAGUUGUUCCUGGUUGUUUUAUUUAGCUGGAGUGUUGGGGCUCUCCCUACUCAAUCUGGAUGGAAUGCAGAGGUGAACCCUGGAUCCCAAAAUACUAAGGCUGAAGGCUUGACUCAAACUGUCCAGGGUCCAGCUAAAUCUUCUGUAUCUUGGAUAGUUGCUAGACCAAAAAGCAAAAACCCAGUUGUGCAACAUUCUAUUAAAGCACGCCCUUCACUCACACAGGCCAACUCUCCCCUGAACCCAGAAGGGCCUUCUGUUCUAUGGGCAGCUAAAACUUCAGAAGGGCUUCCUCCUUCGGUUCCUGAAAAUUCUAGGACGUCAUGGGAAGUUGGUUCCCAGAUUAAGCUCUUUCCCACUCCGAGCCCAGAUGACCAUGUUGGCUUCCCAGAAGCUUUUUCUCUCCCCCAAGACCCAGAAGACUUGGCAGCCUUACCAGUGGCUGGCACAGAACAAAGUCUUCCUCCACCACCUUCAAACCCAGAUGGUCCUGCAGUCUCAUGGUUGGUUGACCCUGAUGUGGGACUCUAUUUCCCUUCCAAUCCAGAAAUGCCUUCUCUGUCCUGGAGAGUUGGCCUUCGCAAAAAGUUUCCCCCUCCUCCUCCUGUUUCAGAAAAAUCUGCAGACAAAUGGUUGGCUGGCUUAAUUAAAAAUGUUCCAGAAAUGGAGCAGGUGGAUAAGCCGUCAAACUCUGAGGAUGCUAAUGCAAAAUGGAUGGUUCGGCCUCCAAAAAGAGAACUGCUUGAAAGUCCCCAAGGUCCUGCUGCUUCUUCUGUAGGAGUCAACAUGGAAGAACAGAAGGUCGAUCCAUCCAGCUCUGUUGUUGAUCCUUUCAGUGCUUCACCUAUGGAAGGAUUUUCAUUCACCCCUGAUCUUAACUUUUUACUUGAGUCUGAAGAACCUUUGACUGAACAGAAAGGCCUAGAGCUAGGUGUCACAAAGGGUGAAACUGAGCCUUUAGAAAAGGAGCCCCUACCCCUUGAAUAUCCAGAAUCCUUUUAUCUAGGUGGUGAGUUGAGUAACUUGGCCUCGAUCUAUGAAGAUGGAAACUCUGAACAGGAAAUCAAAGAUUUUAGCCUUGUUCCAAGUUACCCCCUCAGUGCAGAAAGGGAUUAUUUGGGUGUUAUGCCACUGCCAUAUGGCAGACCGGUUGUUCCGAACCUAUUUUACUUAUUCUUGACUGGGCAGCUUCCUCAUGGGACAGUGUCUCAUAUCCAGACAGACUACGAGGUUGGUGGAGACCAUGCAACUCAUGUUGGCUACGAGAGCUUCCCCUCGACUGAGGGCACUGGUACCGACCACCAAAUGAAGGCUUCCACCUAGCAGUUGCAGGAAAGCUGAAUCAACAAAGUCCUGAACUGUCUCAAACAAUUAAGGCUGAAGGCAGUCAUGGAAAUUCCUGAACUUUCUUUUUUCUA